UUAGUAUACAUUUGUUGACAUUUACUACACAGCCAAUGUGUCUUAAAAAAUAUCUUGUUGUAACCAUGUGAUUGGUGAAAAUUAAAUAAAAGAUAUAGACUCUAGAACUACAGUGUAAGCAUAUAUAAGAAUUUUAGACAAAUAUUGAUAAUUAAUAUGAUCUGAUUGAAUACAAAUAAUUCACACAACUCUUUAUUGGAACUAGCACUACACCAAAGCCACUGGAGGGCGCUGUGCUAGACAAUUCUUUAAAUAAACGCCGCGCUUAAUUCAGAGCAAACCAAUGCCAGGCAAUCACUGCUUGAUUUAUGAUUUUGACAAGACAGAGAUCUGAAGACAUGGAGAGAUUUUAACGUGUCUUGCUGUUCGUACAAGUAAGGGCCUAUAAUAACAGAUCAGCAGAAUAAUAAAAGGAGGAAUACAAGUGGCCGCAGAAAGCUGUGAUGGUAAAAGUCUGGAUAGCGUGAUGUGACUUUGGUCAAGGCCAGUCUAUGCUAACUUAACAUGCCUCCAGCAUUGUCUAGUUCAAAAACAAAGACAGGGUUGGCAUUAGCGUGUUUCAUAGUGCUGUCAACACAGUUUUCUAUUAUGCAUAUGUUACCCCCACACGGCUUGUGUUCUUUGGGGUGUUUCGUUUACGAAGUAAACUUUUCUGUGGUUGCCAAUUGUUCAAAUCUGAACUGGACACAAAUGGAUCUCAGCUGUUUACCGAUUCAUACGGAAGUACUUUUACUGGACAACAAUAACCUGACAACGUUAAAGAACGCCACUUUCCAGAACUUGACCUCUCUCAAGAGGCUUAGUCUCAGUGGGAGUAACAUUCGUUCUAUUGAGGGCCAUUAAAGCAUGGAACAAGGUGCCUAAAUCAGACAAGAAAACAUAUGGUUUAACUGUGUCUAAGUCUCUAGCAUUGAGACGCAAAGGAAACGGACACUUUUCUUGGUUUAUCGCAGCUAGAAAUAUUGAGCCUGGACAGCAAUCAACUCAGCAGUGACACGAAGACCUUUAACCCUUUAAUAUUUAAACAUUUUCAUAACUUAAAAGAACUCUAUAUUGCCAAUAAUGAAGGAAUCUCUUUAAACUUAAAAUACUAUUUCCCUAAUCUUCAGAAUAUAUCAACUCUCUCUAUGGAUGGCUCUACUAACCUAUCCAUUGAAAGUAAUUUCUCAUUGCUGACUCAUCUAACAAACCUUACUAUUCUUUGUACGAAUGUUAUGCAAGUUACAAAUACAAGUUUUCAAGGGCUGUGGAACUCUUCUUUAAAAGUGUUACGCCUUAUCAAUUUUGAACGUCUUGAAAUUGACCCAGAUUCUUUUGACUUUAAUUCCACCAGUUCUUCUAGUCUACAAUUUGACCAUGAAGCUUUUCGAAAUCUCAACAUGAUUGAAGUUCUAGAAAUUUCAAAUUGCAAGAUUGGAAAUUUAAAUAUUGUCCGAAUAUUUCAACACUUUAUCAACUCCUCGCUGCACACGGUCAUUCUAGAUACAACGCAUUUCACUUGGCAUUUUAACGCACCAGAUUCAACUUUCAAAGAUGGCGUAUUGGAAAAAUCAAGCCUUAUGUACCUGACUGAAAUCAAUCUUACCCAGCUUUCUUGGGUUAAUAGCAAUAUAUUUGCAAUAGCCCCGGGCAUUAUGUCUAGCCCACAUUGGAGACACAGCAUGAACAAGCUGGAUUUAUCCGGAAAUAAUUUAGGAAUUUUGGGUUGGAGGGAGCCUUUAAUGGAGAUUUCAAGGUUCGAAAAACUAGAAGAAGUCAUUUUGUCAUCAUCCUAUGUUUCGGAUACUGAUAUAUACCCAACGUUAAAAUACAUGAAUGUGAAGGAUAUGUCUGAGAUACCGGACAUUUAUUUUGCAAACCAUUCCAAAAUCACAUCGCCUUCAAAUAAUUUGAAAUUUAAUACAACGCUUUUGAAUGGUAAAAAUGAAAUAAAAAAAUAUCCUCAUAAUAUGUACAAAACACGUUUACCUAACACAUAUUUAACGAAUCAAAAGAUAAUUACAUCGGAGCCUUCACAUUACGCUGACCAUGGUCAUCUAAGGUUUAAGGUCAACCCCCCGUUCCCUACUAACUCCGGAACAUGGACGGUCAGAAUGCCUCUCGCUCUACGAAUACUGCGGGUGAUAAAUUUACUACAAGGAGACACAAACUUUGGAAAUCAAAGUGUGAAAUUCAUUCAGACCAGUGAUGAGGCUGCCAACUUAACACAUUUUUACUAUAUUGGAAACGACAUACUUAGAGGGACGGGACACAUUCGUGGACUUACUUCUUUGCAACUUUUCGACGUAUCCCAGAACACCUUGUAUGUUGAAGAUCAUUUCUUCGAUCAUUUACCAAGUCUCAGAUACUUAAUACUGAAAUCUAUAAAGAACGAAGACUUUUUUCAACAACGCUCUCUGAAGCGUCUAGUUCAAAACCUUCCAGAAUUGAGAUAUCUGGAUGUAACAGACAACAAUUUGAAUUUCUUACCUCCAAAUCUAUUUGCUAGAAAUCCCAGUAUAAGUCACUUGAUUCUGUCUAAAAAUAGAUUUUUCUCUAUACCAAUCACAAUGUCUCAAGUGCCUAAUUUAAGAUUUUUGGACUUGUGUGGAAACUCUGUAAUUUACUUAGACAACAAAGAAAUGUCGUCAGUGAGCCAGCAUAGAGAUGCUGUUCCAGAUUUUCAUUUAGCCUUAGCUGAAAACAGUUUGACGUGUGUGUGUUCCCAGAUUAAGUUUUUAUUUUGGCUCAACAACAGCGACUUCCUUGACAACAGGGGAAACUACUCCUGUACAUCUGAAAAUGGUGAACUCUUAAGCACAGAUGUGUUGUUAAGGGACUUGCUAGGUUUCUACAGAAAGUGUAAUGGAUAUAAUUUUUUCUUGAUUUCGCUGGUUCUACUUACUGUGAUGCUGUUGUUCUUUUUGGUCGCCUUCCUUAUACACAGAUUUAGGACAGCUUUAGAAGCAUACUUGGUCAGGAUCUUUAUCAAGGCUUUUCGACCAAUGAAAUCAAGCGACUACGGGACACACGUUUUCAUUGGCUACGCUGAUGAUGAUGUCGGCUUCGUAAAAGAUGUUCUAUUAAGUUAUCUAGAAGAAGAGCUGAAAGUUUCUACAUUUGUACAUCAUCGUGACCUGGGUCCAGGCUACACUGACCAACAGAUGUUUGAGGCCAUGAGAGAGAGUUGGAGGAUUCUAUUAAUUAUUACAAAACAUUUCUUGAAUAACUACGAUCUCUCGGACAUUAUCAUGAAGUUCGCCAGCCAUUCAGUGACUCUAGCGAAUCAAGGGCGUGUAGUGGCAUUGGUCCAGCAAUCUCAGCUACAUAACAUACCUGGCUACCUGUAUGAUGUCCUGGAGGACUCACGAAUCAUUGUCCUCUCGGACUUGACCUCUUACUUAGACUACGUACAGAGACAAGCGAUGAAAGAAUGUCUUCGGGAUAUCCAGUAAUUUGACCAUAUGUGUGGACUUGUCAAACAAUUUAAGAGUGUCGAUGUUCAGAAACGUACACAGAAGCUUGGUGUAUACUCAUUGAAUAGUGUACAAGAGUCGCCCAAAGAGGCUCAUUAACAUGACCUCUAACACUAGAUGUAACUGCGUGAAUUGAACAAUUCAGUAGGACAAUACGAUAAAGAAUUCAGCAAUGAAUCAACAGAUUUAAUUUUAAGUACUAAAUAAAAAUGACAUUUAAGAAGUAAUUAUGAGAAAUACAUUGACAAUUAUCAUGUUGAUUAGCACCAAGAUAUUAACAAUACGGUUUCUUUUAUUUUAUUCAAUCUUACAAUUUAUCAUUCUACUUAGUAGUCUAAUGUGAUAUUUAAAUGCUUAUAGCAUAGAUUGUUAUCAUAAAUAUCAUGACGGCAUUUGAAGUUAGAGCUAGAGAAAAGCAAAUGUGAGGAGGGGGUGUGUGUGGGUAGUAGACAAGCAUAUUUUUAUUUUACAUGCAUCCAGGUUAACUAUUUCUCUCCUAAUCGACGAUACCAUCGUUGAUUUGACCUCAUUGAAUUAUAUAUGUUUAAUUUUUUAAACUUUACUUUAUGUUAUAUAGAAGGAGCUUACAUUUCCCUUUAAUUUUAUACCACAUAAAACAUUUUCUGAUUAUAACAACGAACAAAGCUAUUGUAGCUUAAUCAUAUUAUGGUAGUGAAAUAGUAAUGAACAGAAUGAAGAUCUCCGUCUGAAUGUGCAAAAUAAGUACGGAGGUAAAGAGUUUUUAUUAAUCAAGUAGUUGUCCGAUUUACUUAUAGAAGAAAUAUUAAUCGUAUCAUAUCAGUUUUGAACAGUGAUGCCCUAAAUGCGGCAUACUGGCCACAUCCGACCUGCGAUCAAGGAAAAAAAAAUGAAAAUGUAAAAUAUA